UUCUGCUCCUUCUAAAAUAUGCACAUAUGGUUAAAUAUUUUCCUUGUCGAUUUAUACGUCUGCACAAAACAUGAUCGCAGAAUGAAUCUUUAUUUAAGAACGGAUUAGCAACUUUUGUAUAGCAGUGGAAGGUUCAAACUAUUGCUACUCAUUGUUUCUCUUUCAUUUUAAAGGAACCAAAUCAAUCUCAAUAAAGAAAAAAAAUCUUCCGCAUUUCUUUAUUUUUUUUGAAAUUAUGCUCCAAUAUACAGAAUGGAAACCAGUUUUUACGAUUAUUCAGAUUUUUAUAAUUACAUAUUUAACGUACAAGCUAAUACAUUCUGUGAAGGACUAUCUGCAAUGUCAUGGGAUUCUUCGAUCAUCCUCAAUACCAGGGAUAAAAAGCAACCCUCAAAUGUUUUACUUUUCUGCUUUGAAUGCUAUUUACAAUAACUGUAUUGCUACUUGCCCUGCUCUGUGUGGUGGACUUCAAGCAAUAAUGGGUUUGUGCCUUAUAUACGGAAAGAAUGGUUUAUUUAGACUCCUUAUGCUAUAUAAACCAUGUGUUAUCUUCUUCAAAGCAGAAGCAGUCGAAGCUAUUUUGAGCAGUCCAGAGAUUAUUAAUAAAAGCGCGGAAUAUUUACUCUUGCGGCCAGCGAUUGGUAAUGGACUCAUAACAAGCUUAGGGACAGACUGGAGAAAGCAGAGAAAGCUUUUAACGCCAACAUUUCACUUCUCGAUUCUGGAUGAUUGCAUACCUAUAUUCCAAAAACAAGCUAAUGUUCUGAUUUCAACUAUAAAAUCUCGUAUUCAUGAACCUUGGAUCGAUAUAGCACCUUUGUCACAUUUGUGCGCCUUGGAUAUUAUUUGUGAAACUGCCAUGGGUGUCACUAUGAAUUUCCAAAUAGGAGGAAAUUGUGAUUACUCAAACGCUCUUCAUGAAAUCGAGGGAUCAGUUAUGUAUCGAGCAUUGCGCCCCUGGCUGCAUCCUGAUAUAAUUUUCAAUUUGACAACAGUUGGUAAGAAGUUCAAGUCUAAUGUUCAUCUUUUCCGUGGCAUGAGCAAAAAGAUAUUGAAGCAGAAAAUCGAAUCGAUAAAUAAUAAAAAAUGCAACCCAACAUCUGAAAUUACAUCAAAUAAAUAUUCUGUGGAAAAGAAAAUGCAGAAACCGUUCUUAGAAUUACUUUUGGAACAUCAUUUGAAAGAUCCAUCAUUUACUGAAGAAAAUAUUAUAGAACAAGUUGACACAUUUUUGUUGGCGGGACAAGAUACUACAGCUGCUGCAAUUAGCUGGACUUUGUAUUGUUUAGGAAUAUAUCCAGAAGUCCAAAAACAAGUACAUGAAGAGUUGGAUGCAAUUUUCGGAGAAGAAAAAAACAUGGAUAUCUCACGAGAAAUCCUGUCACAGAUGAGAUAUCUCGAAUGUGUUAUCAAGGAGACAAUGAGGCUAUAUCCUGUGAUACCCGUCAUUACAAGGGAAAACGAUCAGGAUUUUAAAGUUUUGAAUCACACGGUGGAGAAAGGGACUAUCUGCGUUAUUUUAUUCACGGCCUUACAUAGAGAUCCAGAAGUGUUUCCUGAUCCAGAGAAAUUCGAUCCAGAUCGCUUUCUUCCUGAAAACUGUGCAGGAAGACACCCUUAUGCUUAUACUCCAUUUUCUGCAGGACCUAGGAACUGCAUAGGUCAAAAAUUUGCGAUGAUGGAAGCGAAAACUAUUCUAGCUUACAUUCUGGCUCACUUUCGUGUUAAAUCCUUGGACAGCCGGGAUAAAGUACUCUUUUACCCCAAUAUCACUCUUCGAAAUGUUUAUCCUAUGCGUCUGAGCUUUGAGCUCAGAUAAAUGUGCUGUCGAAUUGCAAACAUUAUUUAAUUUACUUUUAAGCUGCGAUUUUCAUU